AUGAGCACCUCAAAAGAAAACACUAGCAGUUCUGUCUUUACUUCUUAUCUAAGGAAACGAAGCAAUAAAUCAACUUAUCGUGGUUUUUUGAUUUAUUGUCGUGACGAGGUCAUUAACUUAUCACCGGUUUCAAAAGAAUGGUUUUACCUUGAUGAUAUUUGGUCUAUAAAGUUUUUGAAAGAAGCGGAGAAUCUCGAAUCAAAUGAAAUUAAUUUUGAUGAUUUAAAAGAAACGGUAAAUACAGAACGUUCACAACAUAAGAAAUUUUUGCAAACGUUCUGGAAGGGGGUAAUUAAAGAAUGUGAAAAAAAAAAUCAACCUGCAACCGAACCUAAGAAAAAAGGGAAGAAACAAAGACUUACCGAGCUGGAGUUUUUAUCAGCAAUACCUCCAACAAUAUAUUAUCCUGACUUAGACAAAAGCACUACAACUACUAAGUCAUCUACAGCUCGAACACCAUCUCCAGUAAAGCUUUGGAACUCAUUUCUUGAAGAAGUUAAUUCUUAUCAACUUGAUGAUAAUAUUAAACGAUAUUCGCGUCCAAUUUUUAAAAGUUAUGAUAAAUCAUAUGAUAUUUCAAAUGAAGAAGAUGUGAGAGGAGCUUUAAAGAACAAUGUAUUUGAUAAUCUUCAUAUCAUUACAACUUCAAGACAGCCAAUAGAGGUUUUCAAGCGAAUUUCAAAGGAGGAUAAUGUUAUUGGAGAACCUGAUUUUAUUUAUAAGCGAAUUGGAAAAUUACUUUUACCAAUUGAGGUUAAGACCCUCUGGGUAUUAUAUUUAGAAGGUGAUGAAUCCCUUCAUAAGAGAUACGAAUACGAUUUGGAGAGGAAAAAAUGUGAAAUUUUACCAGCAAACUCUAGUCGUGAAAUUUCCGUUGUCGAUAUUUUACGCCAAAUUUUUGGGUACUUAGUUGCCAACCAAUUGCAAUAUGGUAUUCUAACAACGUAUAAUCAACAUUGGUUCCUACGAAGACCUAAAAACGAACCACGUGCUCUUUAUAUAUCUCCUACAGUAGAAAUAGAAUCAAAGGAUCCGUCAAUCUUCCAGUGCUACUCCUACAUACAACAUCUGUCUAGAACAGAUACUGAAUGUCCAAGUCCAGGAGAAACAUCACCCUCAUCACCAUCCAGUUUUUCUGACAAUGAAAGUUCAGAUAAUAAUAUCUCGUCGGGUUCGGAUUAUGAGGAAUCACCACCUUCAUCACCAUCAAUUUUAUACGACAACAAAAGUUCAGAUAAUGAUAUUUCGUCGGUUUCGGAUUAUGAAGAAACAUCAAAGGAAUCUAAACGAACCCGAAAACAAAAAGCUAUAAAGAAGCGCAAACUUUGA